AGAAUAGCAAAGUGUCGUGACGCCACUUCCUGGUGGUUGUGCGGGAAGUUUGGUCCUCACAGUCAACAACAGUCCUUACCGUCAACGUUCAACAACAAAGUCAAGAUGCCUCCUAAAGCUAAGGCGGCAGCGAAAGGCAGAGCUCCACCCAAGAGGAAGCUAGCAGAGGAGUUUCCACCCGGAGAAGUCCUUACAGACACUGGGAAGAAGGCCUGGAAGCUGGGGGCUCCAGUCGGACAGGGCGGCUUUGGCCUCAUAUAUUUGGCUGAUGAGAAUUCUGCAAAACCUGUAGGUGCUGAUGCUCGCUAUGUCAUCAAAGUGGAGCCCAGUGAAAACGGACCACUGUUCUCUGAGCUCAAGUUUUACAUGAGAGCUGCAAAGCCUGAUCUGAUCGAGAAGUGGAUGAAGUCUCACAAGCUGAAGAAUCUGGGAGUUCCCAGGUACUGGGGCUCAGGUCUGCAUGAGAGAGGAGGGAAAAGGUAUAGGUUCAUGGUUAUUGACAGACUGGGCACAGACCUGCAGAAGAAGUUUGAAGAAUGUGGAAAGAAGUUCCCCAGAAAACUGGUCCUGCAGCUCGGUCUUCGACUGCUGGAUAUCCUGGAGUUCAUCCACGAUCACGAGUACGUGCAUGCUGACAUUAAAGCAUCCAACCUCAUGUUGAGCCACAGCGAUCCCAACCAGGUUUACUUAGUAGAUUAUGGACUGGCAUAUAGGUACGCGCCCGACGGUGUCAUGAAAGAGUACAAGGAAGACCCCAAGAGAUGUCACGACGGCACCAUCGAGUUCACAAGCAUCGACGCCCACAAAGGAGCAGCUGCAUGUAGACGGAGUGACCUGGAGAUCCUAGGUUACUGCAUGCUUCAGUGGCUGUGCGGUCGCCUGCCCUGGGAGGACAGGCUGCAGGACCCCCUCUACGUCAGAGACUCCAAAAUCAGGAGUAAAGAAAACAUCUCUGAGUUUAUGACCAAGUGUUUCUCCUCUCAAGACAGACCAGUGUUUCUUUGUGUUGUAGAUGAGAUGCAGAGGUUCAUGGAGGAGGUGAAAGCUCUGGGUUACCAAGACAACCCACCGUACGACAAGUUCCGCUCCAUCCUGCAGGCCGGACUGAAGACUAUCCAGGCUAAAGAUGACAGCAAACUAGAGUUCACUCCCAUCAACGGAGCUGUAUCAACUCCUGCCAAGAAGACGACCAAGAGAAAGAAAGCAGCAGAUCAAGGAGAAGGAGGUGAUGAAACUGACGGAAGUCCGGUCAAGAAAAAGAGAGUCGCAAAGAAAAACGAAGUGAACGGUGUAAAGAAGAGUCCUAAAAAGUCUCCUAGACCAAAAAAGGUUGCCAGCACUGGAAAACGCAGUGUCCCCAAAUCCAGAUUGGUGGAGAUGGGCACCCAGACGUCACCUGGACUCGCCAAGAUAUCCAGAGGCAGACCCAAGAAAACCAGCACCUAAACAUCCAGCUCUCUCUUCACUCCUCCAUCCUCCUGGCUUUUCCCUGCUUCUUAAAAAAACACUUUUUCUAAGUUUUAUACUAUAUGAUUUUCUGUUUCUGUUCUGAUAUGUUACACACUGAUAAAUGUUGAUGUUUGACUAAAUGUCUUGUGGUUGAAAACAGCUCCAUUAUAAUAAAGAGGAAAUUAAAUUGUCA